UGUAGAAUGUCAUGUGACUAUUAAGAUGGCUGAUUUUCGUAAUGUGCUGAAAUAUCUUGGAUAGUGAAAUGAAAACAUCCCUCCCUUAAAUACUUGCGUUGUUUGAGAAUGGGUGCUAAGGAUUCAAAACAAUGCUGUAUUACUUACGACGAAGCGUUAAAAAGAGUUUCUGAUGCAGAACUAAAACGGCUUCGUGAUGCAUUUUAUCGUGCCUCUAAUCUUAAUGGAAUAAUUACUCGUCAAGCUUUUAUAAAAGAAGUACUUGGAGAAUUUGUGCCCUUGAAGCUAGCAGAGCAUAUAUUUCAAGCUUGUGGUGGCACUCAUAAAGGAAUCACUUUUAAAGAUUUACUUUGUGGCCUUGUUUUACUCACAAGAGGAAAGAAAGAUGAAAAGAUCAGAUUUAUAUUCAAUUUGUGUGCUAAUGAAUCUGGAGCAUAUGUUGUUAAAGAAGAAAUGGUUAAAUUGGUUCAAUCCUGUGAUGGAGGAUUUGUUCCUGAAGCUGUUGCUGAUUGUUUUAUUGAGAGUGAAAGAGUAACAUUUGAAGAAUUUCGUGAUUGGUUAUUAAUAAAUAAAGAUGCAACAACAUUGACAAGAUGGUUGCUCAGUGAUAUAUCUACUGUGAGUUUGUCCAAUGAUUUAGAAACGCCAACUUUUUACCAAACAUUAGCAGGAGUCACACAUUAUACAACUAAGUUUAUUGAUNUCACGGACGAUAUCGGCCUUCCAGAGGUUAAAAGAUCACGAGAAAGUGCUGUGUUGCCUUCAAGAAAAUGUAAUGGGAGACUUUCUCAGAGUGAAAGAGUAACAUUUGAAGAAUUUCGUGAUUGGUUAUUAAUAAAUAAAGAUGCAACAACAUUGACAAGAUGGUUGCUCAGUGAUAUAUCUACUGUGAGUUUGUCCAAUGAUUUAGAAACGCCAACUUUUUACCAAACAUUAGCAGGAGUCACACAUUUGGAAGAAACUGAUAUAAUUGAGCUGGAAAAGAGAUAUUGGGUCUUAAAAACACAAUCUAGAACUGGAAAAUUUGACUUAGAAACAUUGAAUCCAUUAUUAUCACCACCAGUUCCAUCUCUGUUAUGUGAAGGAAUUUUUAAUGCAUUUGAUGAAAAUCAAGAUGGGCAUAUAGAUUUUAAAGAAAUGGCCUGUGGUAUAUCAGCAUGUUGCAGAGGUCCAUUAACUGAAAGACAAAAAUGUAAGUGGUUAAGUUAUAAAAUUGAAUAUAAAACAUUUGUUACAGGAAUUUUUAAUGCAUUUGAUGAAAAUCAAGAUGGGCAUAUAGAUUUUAAAGAAAUGGCCUGUGGUAUAUCAGCAUGUUGCAGAGGUCCAUUAACUGAAAGACAAAAAUUUUGCUUCAAGAUAUUUGAUAAAGAUCAAGAUGGAAUUCUUUCAAAAUCAGAAGUAUAUGAGAUGGUUAAAGCACUUAUUUUUGUUCGAGAAGAAAACAGAUCACUUAAUGGAAUUUUUUGUGCAAAUGAAGAUGAAAUUAAUGAAAUAGUCAGUGGAAUUAUGAAGGUUCAUGAUGUUAAUAAGGAUGAUGCAAUAACUUUAGAUGAAUAUCUUGUUUGGAGUGUUGAUCAGAAUUUGACAACUGAUCUUCUAAAUAUUCUUUUUCAAGUUUGCCAUAUUAUUUUUGGGUUAAAACCAUCUUCAAAAGAAGAAGAAAAGGAAAUUGUUAGAGGUUGGAUAGAAAGAGAUGAGAGACGAGGAAUGCAGAUUGGACAGUUUUGGUAUCUUAUAUCUAUGGAUUGGUGGCGUUCAUGGAAUGAAUUUCUAGAUUACAAAGAUGUAACACCAUAUCCAGUAGACAGUUUAAAACGAUCUAGCAAAUUACAAAGAAAAGUUGAUGGGAGUGUUGCACAAGCAGUGGGAGACACUACAAAUGUUGUUCUUUCUAGUAUAACAAAUUUUGGUGAUGAUAGCAUGUCUUCACUUCAGCCAAGUCCUACACCUAGUCGUCAUAGUGGAAGUAACACUUCUCUUAAUAGUUUGAAUAGUUUUAAUUCAAAAAAUUCAAGUGAAUUAUCACUCCAACAUCUUCAGGGAAUAUCUGUGUCAAAAAAAUCUAAUAAUCUGCAAUCAUCUGAUGUCGCUAAAACACCAACACCAUCUCCUAACUUGACCAGGAAAACCUUUAAUCUUUCUCCUCAAAAACCAUCAGCCAUUGAUAACUCUUUGCUUAUAGUGCCAAAUGCUUUAAAAGUAAUGAUUCUAACAGGUGAAGGUGGAAGACUUCGAAAUUCUAUUUCACAUGGUAAAGAUUUUGAAUUAGUUACAGAAUCAGUAUGGAGAGCAUUAUUGCAAUGGUAUGGAGGAUCUCCAGCUUUACCAAGACAGGUAAUAUUACCUCAUAACAGUGAUGUACCAGAAUUGGAAAUGUAUCCUGUUACUCUCAAAUUGUAUAGACAUCAAGCCAACACAAGUCGUCAAGUUGGCAAUCCAUGGACUGGUGUAGUUGGUACUGUCUCAUCUGCUUGUGGUAAUGCUACAACAGGAUUUAUAAAUUCAAUUUCUUUAGUUCCAAAAAGAUAUUUGGCAUAUCUUGCUUCAUUUAGUAGAAUGGCCACAUUGAAACAAGUAUUUGAUUAUUUAUGUGCUCGUCUUCGAUUGAGGUUAGAGGAUACAAGAUUCUGGUUAUAUAGAGAUGAUGGAAAUAUGGUUAUUUUGGAAGAAGAAGAAUAUAUAUUAGAACAGUUAUCCACACAAGAUAAUGAAGUGCAGUUAUUGAUUGAAGUUCGAAAUAAAGAUCAGACAUGGCCAGAAGAAAUGUCUAAUCUUAUAAAUGCUAAAUUGGACCAAAAAAGUCAAGGGCCUACAGAGAAAGGUGCAACUGGAUUGAAUAACUUAGGAAAUACCUGUUUUAUGAAUGCUGCUUUACAGUGUGUCAGCAAUACAAGACCAUUAACUUUAUAUUUUACAUUGGAUAAACAUCUGUAUGAACUGAACAGAUCUAAUCCAUUAGGAAUGAAAGGUCAUAUUGCUAAAAGAUAUGGUGAUUUAGUUCAUGAUUUGUGGAGUGGUACUUCAAAAACAAUUGCUCCUUUAAAACUUAGGUGGACUAUUGGAAAAUAUGCACCUAGAUUUAAUGGAUUCCAACAACAUGAUUCGCAAGAAUUACUGGCAUUUCUUAUGGAUGGUCUUCAUGAAGAUCUAAAUAGAUUUAUUAAUAAUAAUAAUCUUAACUAUUUGAAAAUAGGUAAUGCUACAACAGGAUUUAUAAAUUCAAUUUCUUUAGUUCCAAAAAGAUAUUUGGCAUAUCUUGCUUCAUUUAGUAGAAUGGCCACAUUGAAACAAGUAUUUGAUUAUUUAUGUGCUCGUCUUCGAUUGAGGUUAGAGGAUACAAGAUUCUGGUUAUAUAGAGAUGAUGGAAAUAUGGUUAUUUUGGAAGAAGAAGAAUAUAUAUUAGAACAGUUAUCCACACAAGAUAAUGAAGUGCAGUUAUUGAUUGAAGUUCGAAAUAAAGAUCAGACAUGGCCAGAAGAAAUGUCUAAUCUUAUAAAUGCUAAAUUGGACCAAAAAAGUCAAGGGCCUACAGAGAAAGGUGCAACUGGAUUGAAUAACUUAGGAAAUACCUGUUUUAUGAAUGCUGCUUUACAGUGUGUCAGCAAUACAAGACCAUUAACUUUAUAUUUUACAUUGGAUAAACAUCUGUAUGAACUGAACAGAUCUAAUCCAUUAGGAAUGAAAGGUCAUAUUGCUAAAAGAUAUGGUGAUUUAGUUCAUGAUUUGUGGAGUGGUACUUCAAAAACAAUUGCUCCUUUAAAACUUAGGUGGACUAUUGGAAAAUAUGCACCUAGAUUUAAUGGAUUCCAACAACAUGAUUCGCAAGAAUUACUGGCAUUUCUUAUGGAUGGUCUUCAUGAAGAUCUAAAUAGGGUUCACGAAAAACCUUAUGUAGAACUCAAAGAUAGUGAUGGACGGCCAGAUGAGGAAGUAGCAAAGGAAGCUUGGGAGAAUCACAUCAUUCGCAAUCGCUCAAUAAUAGUAGAUCUUUUUCAUGGCCAGUUGCAAUCUACUGUUACUUGUAAAGUGUGUGGUCACAAUAGUGUGCGUUUUGAUCCAUUCAACUAUUUAUCACUUCCUCUUCCUAUGGAAAGUUGUAUUCAUUUGGAAGUAGUUGUUGUGCGGUUAGAUGGAAGCUUACCUGUGAAAUUUGGUUUAAGAUUAAACCAUGAUGAUAAGUAUUCUGUUCUCAAACAACAACUUAGUAAUUUAUGUGAAAUUCCUCCACAUCAGUUAUUGAUAGCAGAGGUAUCAGGAGCUGUUAUAAAGGUAAGAGUUUUGUUGAAAUUUUAUAGUGAAUGUAAACUGGAAUUUUGGCCUACAGAGAAAGGUGCAACUGGAUUGAAUAACUUAGGAAAUACCUGUUUUAUGAAUGCUGCUUUACAGUGUGUCAGCAAUACAAGACCAUUAACUUUAUAUUUUACAUUGGAUAAACAUCUGUAUGAACUGAACAGAUCUAAUCCAUUAGGAAUGAAAGGUCAUAUUGCUAAAAGAUAUGGUGAUUUAGUUCAUGAUUUGUGGAGUGGUACUUCAAAAACAAUUGCUCCUUUAAAACUUAGGUGGACUAUUGGAAAAUAUGCACCUAGAUUUAAUGGAUUCCAACAACAUGAUUCGCAAGAAUUACUGGCAUUUCUUAUGGAUGGUCUUCAUGAAGAUCUAAAUAGGGUUCACGAAAAACCUUAUGUAGAACUCAAAGAUAGUGAUGGACGGCCAGAUGAGGAAGUAGCAAAGGAAGCUUGGGAGAAUCACAUCAUUCGCAAUCGCUCAAUAAUAGUAGAUCUUUUUCAUGGCCAGUUGCAAUCUACUGUUACUUGUAAAGUGUGUGGUCACAAUAGUGUGCGUUUUGAUCCAUUCAACUAUUUAUCACUUCCUCUUCCUAUGGAAAGUUGUAUUCAUUUGGAAGUAGUUGUUGUGCGGUUAGAUGGAAGCUUACCUGUGAAAUUUGGUUUAAGAUUAAACCAUGAUGAUAAGUAUUCUGUUCUCAAACAACAACUUAGUAAUUUAUGUGAAAUUCCUCCACAUCAGUUAUUGAUAGCAGAGGUAUCAGGAGCUGUUAUAAAGAGUUUACCUCCUGAUGAUCACAAAAUUCGUAUGAUUAUGAGUGGCUAUUUCUUUGCUUAUGAACUGUCCAAUUGUUCAGAAACUUCUACUUCUGAAGAUGUACGUCAACAUCGAGAACCUCAAACUCUAACUCAGAUUCAAAGAAUACCCCUUUCAGCUUGUUCUCAAAAUGAAGCACCACAAUUUUCAUACCAGCUAUCACAGAGUUCAUGGCAUCCAAUGGCUCCUUUCCCUGUAAUAGGAAAUUCAAAUUCAUCUAGUAUGUCAUCAAGUUUAAUUAGCAACUCUUCUAAUAUUGAUUUAAUGGAUGUAAUGAGAAAAAAUUUUGUUAUUGCAUAUCAUAGGAAAAUGAUAAGACAAGAUGUCUAUUUUCUUUCAUCUCAAAAAACCAAACCAACUUUAUUUGGUCUACCAUUAAUAUUACCAUGUCAUGAAAUGACAACUCAUCAAGAUUUAUAUCAAGCAGUAUGGACUCAAGUAGCCCGUCUUGUUUCUCCUUUACCUCCAUCUGAAGCAGCAGUAACUAACCAUGCUCAAGAUUGUGAUGACAGUCUGGGUUAUGAAUAUCCUUUCACUUUGAAAGCAGUUCAAAAAGAUGGUCUACUUUGUGCCUUGUGUCCUUGGUAUAGGUUAGUAUUUUAUUACAAUGCAAACUUGUUGCAAUAAUUUAUAAAAAGUCAU